GAAAGAGUUGGCAAUCAGUGAUCCCAGGUGGAUCGGCUCUGCUGGAUGCCUCAUGGAAAAGAGAGCUAGCAGCCCUGUAUUCGUGAUCAGAUGUCCCGACUGUAGUCUAGGGAUGAUAGAACAGGUGAGCAGGGUAUGCAAGAUCCUCCAAGGGGUCGUCAACUCUACCGCAUGGGUGCGGCUCGCCUCGUACUCCUCGAGCUCAUGCUCUGGACGAGUGACAGCCUUGAAUGCAGCAUGAUAGUGGAAGUCAGAUGUGUACUGCCGCUCCAUCAUCAUCAUGUACGUCGGGUCGAGCCCCAUGGGCUGGGCGAAGGAAUCAUAGGUAAGCACUCGAGGCUAACGUCCCAGCAUAAACUCCACAUAUGGCCGGCUCUUCUUGUCGGUCGGGACGACAUGGACGAACGUGGAGUAGAACUCCACGCAGGGCUUGUGGUGGAUGAGCUCAUCAAUAGAGAGCAGCAUGCGCUACUAGGGGUGACAGACGACCCCUGACAUUGCAGCUCGACACCUGAACAUUUCAAACAUGUCCAUGUCGAGCCGUUAAUGCUGCCUAAUCGGGUUGUUCCGCUGCUAUGCGAACUUAUCUCCGAACCGAGCGUGGUUCACCAGGUAACUAAUUAACUCGUGCUCCACGUUCAGCAUCAUGCAAAAUCGACAACCAUGCACCAUACGUCGAAAUAAACGUCAAUCACAGCUCAUUGGGACGAAAAAGAAUUCCUCCCACGCUUAAAUUUCCCAUACGUAUCCAUGCUAAUCAAAACAAUUAAGCUUAAGCACACCGCGACACUGUUCUAGGUGGUCACGGAUUAUCACACAAAAUUUCAAACCCGAACCAUGCCACGGUGGCUACCAACCACCACUCAAUCAAACAUUUCUCAUCAUUCAACAAGUAGCACUUAGUGGGCAAAUUUCGCAAAUACAAGCUAUUCGAAUUAAAACAUGUCCACCAAGGCUUAAAAUAGCUCAAGCAACAUCAUUCAAUCACCUGAAUUCACCUAAUUUCUCGCCCUAAUUCUAAGUUCAACAUUCAAUUCACUAAAAUUUUCCUCGCUUCACUACCUAAUCCGAUUCUCCCAAAAUUAAUAAGAUAGAGCUGAAAACCAAUAUGGAGACUCAAGUGGGAUGUAGGAGGAAGUGAGGUGAGGGGGAGGAUGCUGAAAAUUGGCCAAAAACAAACCGGAGAAGGGUUGUCGAAAGCUCGUCGGACUCCCGUCGGAGGCACGCUGGCGGCGACUUGCAAAUCUCCCCAAAAUCUCGACGAAGGCCGCUUUUGAUGAGAGGAGAAUGGUUUGUGCUUGGUUUUGGGUUUUGCUCUCCGGAAAUGGGGGAACUGGCCAAAAAUUGUCGGAAUCUUGCGGUUUUUCGGCGAGAUUUGAAUUUUUUGGCAAGUUUUGGGUCGUGAAGUGGAGAGUAAAAUUUCACACCCCUUUUAUAGGCGAGGCUAGCAGUUCACGAACGCGUUUGCCAUUUCACGGUCUUAAAGACAGUGAACUCUGCAAUCCGUCCAUAAAUUGGGGAUGGUCGACAAGUGUUACACUCGUGGAAGUGCCCGGUUCACGGACGCAUUUUCCUGUUCACGGUCAUGUAGGACCGUGAACUAGGCAAUCCGUCAGUGAACAUCAAUGAAAACAGGGCACUUCUGAAAUUUUUGACUCGACCUAUUCCACCAUGCCUUUUAUCAAUCACGACACAACCUCAAAACGAACAACCACAAAACGUGGCACGGGGUUACUACUCAGCCACUAGAACUCUUCACUUGACACACAAAAGCGGAAAAUAAGGAAAAGAAAACAAAUCCCACAUCGACAAAGCACGUGAGAGAUCCAUGGUUCAUAAGUAAGAAACCGACCUUAACUGACAAGACGCAUUUUGGGGUAUAAUGGAGGAGUUCUUGUGAGAACUGCGAAGUUAAACGUGCUCAGUGUGGAGUACAACAAGGAUGGGUGACCUUAUGGGAAGUCACCUUGAAUUGCACUCCAAGUUGAAAACCGUAAGGGUCGAGGGCCCAAAGCGGACAAUAUCUUUGUCGGGAAAAAGUUCGGGAUGUUACACGUGGCACGGGGUUACCACUCGACCACUAGAACUCUUCACUUGACACACAAAAAAGAAAAUAAGGAAAAGAAAACAAACAUCCGUUGGGUUGCCUCCUAACAAGCUCUAAGUUAACGUCACUAGCUUGAAGUUGCGGAUCUAUCAUGUUUUGGAACCUGAUGCCACCGAGAGUGGAUCCGCCAUAUUCUCGGGGCAAGGCAUGUUGCCUUACAACUUAAGUUCCAUCGGAUGGACUUCUUGGCCGAUCACUUUUGCCUUUCCCUUUUUCUUCCACCAACUAUUAACACAACUUAACCUUUCCCUCCAUGCUACCUUCUUUCUUUCUUUCUUUGGGGGAGAUGCCCUCCUUGCUUCCCUGCUUCACAUCAUCACAAGCACCAACAAUAAUAUUGGGGUUCGCCU